AUGUCUAAUAAUCAAAUUUACACUCGUCCAGAUUAUGGACACCCACUUCACGUUGAUACCAAUAAUUUUAUCCACACUUUCUUCGGUAACACAUCUCUUCUCAGAUCGCAAGUGAAUAAUACAUGUGCUAAUCCUAGCUGUACUAGACCCUGUUACGUCGAAUUGGAUGGAACUCAAUAUACCUUCUGUGGAAAAACCUGUGCUCGUUCCGCCGCGAAUGACUCACCAUCUCUACCAAAGUGUGCUAAUUGCACUAAAACAGUAUAUGUCGAUUCCCGAGGCAGAAGAUUUCCCUUUUGUGGUUUAACAUGUGCACGCGCCUACAACAGUUCAGGACAAAACUGCAUCCGAUUGGAAUGCAAUCGAAAAGCUUAUCUUGAUCCCACGGAUAGAACAAAAUCGUAUUCUUUUUGUUCAAAAACAUGUUUCUGGAUAGAUUGUUCCACAUUAACUCAAACAAAAAUGACCAUUCUCUCUCCGAAUCAAAUCGAUUAUAAAAAUGUAUCUCAACGAUUCAAUCAAAAACUGCCAAAUUCGACUAUCAAAGCAAUUUUCAGACUACAAAUGCCAAAGAGCAUGGUUGUCAAACAUCUUGCUUUGAAAAAUGAAAUGGCAAGAACCGCUGGUUCAGCUGAUAAGAUCACGCAUCGUAUGUUUCAUGGGACAAAGACAUCAUGCGAUCCCUUGAGACUCAUUACAUCAUUGACACCAUCUUGUGCCAGUAAUUGUGGAGUAUGUGGAAUCUUGCGUGAAGGAAAUAGAGGUGUCCAUUCCAAACAGGGCGGGGGAAGAAUGUGGUUCGCAAAGGACUCCUCAGUCUCAUUGGGAUAUUGUGAUGGUAAACCAGUGAAAACAAUAUUCAUGGUAGACGUUCUUGCGGAAAGGAAAGGGGAUAUUUUAAUCGUUAGUAAAGACGAGGAGACUCUACCAAGAUUUCUUUUACUUUUCCAGUAA